CUCUCUCUCUCAGGGACGUGUCUCGAGUCACCUCCCACUCUGGCAUUUUCCCACAUCAAUAUGCAGUGUGUGUAAUAUAUGUUAUCAACGGCAAAAAACUACAUCUCAGGCACGACUAUCUACUGAAUAAAAACCUCCGCGCCCCCCAGCAAUAAGAGCCACUCCACUGCAAAUAACCAAACAUUACGCCAUCCUCCGGUAGGCUACUAUUUUUUUUUUUUUUGGGACUGACAGCGGUUACAUACUCUGCCCAGUCAGAUUUGUGCAUCUGCCGGGGCUGGUGGUGGGAGGACGUCGGCAGUCGGCACUGACUGCAGCAUUGCGAUGCAGAGAGGGAGAAUAAGAAUGCGAUAAAGAAUAAUAAGGAGCCGCACGCCUGAAGCCGGCCGCCGCCGCAGCCGCAGCAGGAGCCUCCUGUGCGGACAGAGUGCAGGGAGGUGCCGGUGGAGUUUCUGCGCACACACCUCUGGACGCUGCUACCGGAGAGGGCCGAGGUGUCUCUGCAGCGACGCAGCUUUUCAGAGGGAUACCGCCUCGAUACGUGACCGCGAGCCCAAAGUUGCCGAGGCUCGGAAUCUGAGAGGGAGGGAGGGAGAGGGGAGGGGGGCCCAAAGGCGGCACCCCGCCCGUCCUGCCUCAUUUGGACUGCAGGGAUAACGACCUAAACCGUGAUAUCCCCGCGCAGGAACCACUGAGCAGGUGUUGUUGGCGGCGCUGUCAUCCUCCGUACACCGCUCUCUUCUACCCGCACCUCUGCGCCAAAGGCUCCCAUUGUUUUUGGAUAACAUGAAAUAAGAGUGGCAAAGAUUGUGACCGUUGUUGGAUAUCUUCUACUUCAACAGUUGUGUUAUGAUGCAAGGACCAGAAGGUCCGAUAAUAGGAGCCUCUGUGGAGAGGCAAUCAAGACAAUAUUUCUAAAGCCCCCAGAUGUUUCCAGCCAAGACAGCCUCUUCCAACCAACUCUCAUUGAGCCAACAGGGAUAAAUCAGUAGGCUAAAAUGUGUCUUCACUUUGACGACCAGCCCAAUCGAUAAGAAGCUCCUACCCAUCUCCGCCUCUUCUCGGCCCUUCUCAUCAAAAGUUUUUUAUUCCUCGUAGUUGUCUCUUUACCAGUCGGACAACAUGCGUCCUUCCCUCGCCACGGCAGUCCUACCACCCAGGACCCGUUCCCACAAUCCACCCACCCUCGCAGUCGGGGGCCGUGAACACGUGGCAGCGCCACGACGGCGCAGCCCCCACCUCCGGCACACGCUCAGCCCGGAGAACCUGCGGACCCUGGCGGAGAGGGGCGGGGCCGCCGCCGACACCGUCUCCGUUAUCAGCAGUCCAAUCGGGCUUCCGCGGGCCAACAGUGACACAGACCUGGUGACCUCCCAGAGCCGGUCCUCGCUAACGGCGUCCACUCUGGAGUACACGCUGAACCGCGGCCAGAACCUGGUCAUAUCCUGGGACAUCAAGGAAGAAGUGGACGCUACCGACUGGAUCGGGCUGUACCACAUUGAUGAAACCAGUCCGUCCAACGUAUGGGACUGUAAGAACAGAGGGGUGAAUGGCACCCAGAAGGGUCAGAUCGUUUGGAGGCUGGAGCCCGGGGCCUACUUUAUGGAGCCUGAGACUAAGAUCUGUUUCAAAUACUACCAUGGAGUGAGCGGAGCCCUGAGAGCCACGACCCCCUGCAUCACUGUGAAGAAUCCUGCAGUCCUGGUGGAGGGCCUGUCAGAGCAAGUAGGCAUCGAACAUCCACGGAAACUCAUCAGCUUCACUUUGACAGAUCUGCGUGCCACUGGCCUAAAGAAGGGCAUGUUUUUCAAUCCGGACCCAUACCUGAAGAUGUCCAUCCACCCAGGGAAGAGGAGCGUCUUCCCCAUCUUCAGCCACCACGGACAGGAACGCCGAUCAGCCAUCAUCGCUAAUACCACCAAUCCCGUCUGGCAUGGAGAGAAAUACACAUUUGUAGCGCUAAUGACCGACAUCCUGUACAUCGAGGUAAAGGACAAGUUUGCGAAAAGCCGACCGAUCAUCAAACGCUUCCUCGGUCAGCUCACCAUCCCUGUGCAGCGACUUAUUGAAAAAAUACCUGGAGUCCAGCCUGUGAGCUUCCCCCUGUGUCGGCGCCUGCCUACUGAACACGUUAGCGGCCAUUUGCAGUUCAAAUUGGAGCUCACUUCGACCGGGCCUGAUGGUGCCUCUCCUGAGUCUAUCAUUGGCAUUUCAUCCUUGAAUGGAGCUCCAGGGACUCCGUCCGAUGACGAAGACCUGCCCCAUCAUCUUCCAGGAGUGGUCUCUUCCGGCCCUUCUCCUACCGGCUCCCAGGGCUCCCAAGGCAUGUGGGAAGGCGGGGCCAUGGCCUACCCAGAAAAGGACCUGCCUCUCGUUGGAGCCCAGGGCAGAUUUGUGGAGCAUGAAGGUCUGUCUUGCCAUGAAAUGCUCCAGAGGUCCCUCAGUGAGGGCCUGGCUGCUAUCGAGGCCCCCAAAGGCCCCGGUGAGAGACCCCUGGGAGCGGCCUCACCUAAACUGCGCUCCAGCUUCCCCACACACACAAGGCUCAGCGCCAUGUUGCACAUUGAUUCGGACGAGGACGAUGAAAGGUCCGGUGCAAAUGACAUUGUUCCGGUGCCGCUGUCGCCGCUGCUGAUGAAUGGAGAACCUUCCGAUGUGGGCGGCCCAGAUGAAGACGACCCGUUUCCCGAGCUCCACCAGGAGCCGGAGCAGCUGGAGCCCUCGGUGCUGGAGGAGGAGCCCGAGGGUGCAGGCCGUGGGACGGAAGACGCGCUCCCUGAGGCAGAGGUGGCCCUGGAGAUGGGGGCAGGUCUGGACUUGGAGGAUGUUUUGGAGCUGGACGUCUUCUCCGAAGUGGAUGAGGCUCCUUUCACAGAGGCGUUGUCCCACAAUGCUUUGCCAGAGGGUGAGGUGCAUGAGGAAGGAAGGGAGCCUGGCGAGGACCCCUCCUCAGAGAUUGACACCUGUUCCAUGGCAACAGCCCCGCAGACAGUCUUCUCAUCAUCAGAGAGCUGUCCAAUCACAGUGACAACUGCUGUGGAAGCGGAGGAGGGAGCGGAGGCGGCCAUAGAUCCAGGGGGAGACGUAGUCUCCGGAACCCCACCUACUAAUCAAGCUGUAGACGAUGAAGGGGGAGGGCAGGUGGCUGUCACCGGGGCCGCAGGAGAAGCUCCCCCAGCCAGCGAGCAAGUGGUGGUGGUGGCAGAGAUCACGGUGAGGAGGCUGAGCCUGCAGGCUGCCGGGGGCGGGGCUGCAGAACAGGAAGGGGCGGAGACAAAGCCCGUCGAGAAGGCGGCCUCUGCUGAUUCAGAGCAAGCCACCACAGAAACAGAUGGAGAGGAAGGCACUCACGUUAACGGCCAUCCUGUUCGCUCGCUUCCUUCUGUGCGUCAUGACAUCCACCGAUACCAACGUGUUGACGAGCCUCUUCCUCCCAACUGGGAGGCUCGCAUAGACAGCCAUGGGAGGAUCUUCUUCGUGGACCACGUGAACAGAACCACCACAUGGCAGCGUCCCACCGGACCCCCGGCGCCGCAGGGCCUGACCCGCUCCAGCUCCAUUCAGCAGAUGGAGCAACUCAACCGCAGGUACCAGAGCAUCAGGAGGACCAUAACCAACAGUGACCGCUCAGAGGAAACCCCCGUUGACCUGAUUCCUGAACCAGAAAGUGAACUGAUGCCUCACUCCAUUUCGGAAUACCGGCGAGACAGUGCCGUGGCUCACUCCAGUGGUCGCUCGCGUCUCUCCCUGCUGCUCCAGUCGCCCAGCGCCAAGUUCCUGUGCAGCCCCGACUUCUUCACCGUGCUGCAUUCUAACCCCAGUGCCUACCGCAUGUUUACGAGCAACACCUGCCUGAAGCACAUGAUCAGUAAGGUGCGUCGGGACGCUCAUUACUUUGAGCGCUACCAGCACAACCGCGACCUCGUCACCUUCCUCAACAUGUUCUCCAACAAGCAGCUGGAGCUUCCCCGGGGCUGGGAGAUGAAGCACGACCACACUGGGAAGCCCUUCUUUGUGGAUCACAACUGUCGCUCCACGACCUUCAUCGACCCUCGGCUACCCCUUCAGAGUUCUCGCUCCACGGGGCUGCUGGCCCACCGCCAGCACCUGAGCCGCCAGCGCAGCCACAGCGCCGGGGAGGUGGUGGACGACUCUCGCCAAGCCAACCCGCCCAUCCUGCCCCGACCGUCCAGCACCUUCAGCGGCUCCAGUCGAAGUCAGUACCACGACGUGGUUCCUGUGGCCUACAAUGACAAGAUAGUGGCGUUUCUACGGCAACCCAACAUCGUCGAGAUCCUGCAGGAAAGGCAACCGGAGCUUGCCAGGAAUCACUCGCUCAAGGAGAAGGUGCAGUUUAUUCGCAGCGAGGGAGUCACUGGGCUGGCUCGCCUCUCCAGCGACGCUGACCUGGUCAUGCUGCUGAGCUUGUUUGAGGAGGAGGUGAUGUCGUAUGUGCCGCCGUUACUCCACCCGAGCCACUGCCUCGCGUCUCCUCAGAGCUCCCCUGGCACCCAGAGAGCCAAUGCCCGCGCUCCCGCUCCCUAUAAGCGAGAUUUUGAGGCUAAACUGAGAAACUUCUAUCGAAAGCUGGAGACCAAAGGCUAUGGACAGGGACCCGGGAAAGUCAAGCUCAUCAUACGCAGGGACCACCUCCUGGAGGACGCCUUUAACCAGAUCAUGUGUUACUCCCGUAAAGACCUGCAGCGGAGUAAACUUUACGUCAGCUUCGUGGGCGAGGACGGGCUGGACUACAGCGGACCCUCCAGAGAGUUUUUCUUCCUGGUGUCCAGAGAACUGUUCAACCCGUACUACGGCCUGUUUGAGUACUCGGCCAACGACACAUACACUGUCCAGAUCAGCCCCAUGUCUGCCUUUGUAGACAACCACCAUGAAUGGUUUCGCUUCAGUGGGCGUAUCCUGGGCCUGGCCCUGGUCCAUCAGUACCUGCUGGAUGCCUUCUUUACCCGACCUUUCUACAAAGGGCUUCUUCGCAUCCCCUGUGACCUGAGCGACCUGGAGUUUCUGGACGAGGAGUUCCACCAGAGCCUGCAGUGGAUGAAGGACAACGACAUCGAAGACAUGCUGGACCUCACCUUCACUGUCAAUGAGGAGGUCUUUGGACAGAUUACAGAGAGAGAGCUGAAGCCAGGCGGGGCUGGUAUCCCCGUGUCAGAGAAGAACAAAAAGGAGUACAUCGAGCGCAUGGUCAAGUGGCGUAUAGAGCGAGGAGUGGCCCAGCAGACGGAGAGCCUGGUCCGAGGCUUCUAUGAGGUGGUGGAUGUGCGACUGGUGUCAGUGUUUGAUGCCAGGGAGCUGGAGCUGGUGAUUGCAGGCACUGCGGAGAUCGAUCUGGCAGACUGGAGAAACAACACCGAGUACAGAGGAGGUUACCAUGACAACCACAUAGUGAUUCGCUGGUUCUGGGCCGCUGUGGAGAGGUUCAACAACGAGCAGAGGCUGAGACUACUGCAGUUUGUGACAGGCACCUCCAGUAUUCCCUACGAGGGAUUCGCCUCUCUACGGGGCAGUAAUGGACCCCGCAGAUUCUGUGUGGAGAAGUGGGGGAAAAUCACCUCCUUACCGAGGGCUCACACUUGCUUUAACCGUCUGGACCUUCCACCGUACCCGUCCUUCUCCAUGCUGUACGAGAAGCUGGUCACCGCCGUAGAGGAAACCAGCACGUUCGGUUUGGAGUGACCUCAAAUCAGCUCACGCCCAGAUUUAACUUGGGAGACAGAACCAUCUGGAAAUCCACCCUUCUCACUUAAGCGAGACAUGGAAAAAUAAAACUAAUAUCCUCAAAUGGCAACUAACAACCCCCCCUUCCCCCCCAUAACUAAGCUUUUUUUUUCCUACUGGCUUUUCGUCACUCAGCACUCAGGCUUCGUUCCGAUUCUCUGCCUUUCUGUCACAUGUCUACUAGAGGUCGGUCGAGUAAACAUCUUCUGGAAGAAAGGCGGAGAAUCGGAGUGUGGCUUGAAAAGCUGUGCAGUACCAUUUCUUGUUUUCAUGGUUACCUUUGCUCAUUGAGCCACGUGUGUGCUUAUUUCUUCAGUCAUGGCCUUGUGUACUGGCUUUCUAGCAUCUCCCCCUCCCACUCCUCCUCCAACCUGCACCUCAGAGACAGCUACUCAAAAACCACAAAGCUCAUCCCCCUCCACCCUCCCUCUCCCUCUCUGGACCUCUAAACUGUGUCCUUUCUGCACUGGGGCUGCAACGUUAUGAACUAUAAUACACACACACACACACACACACACACACACACUAAUCACCUUUGCACAAAACACACAAACAUGAGACAUUUUGUUUUUAUUGAUGGUGCAAACCAGUGUUUCCCCCAAGAUUUUUUUUUUUUAUCAGCAUGGAAAUAUGUGACAUUUUAGACUUAGAACUGGAUGUUGGCUGGUCCUCCUUGUCUGUCUGAGAGCAGGGGAUACACUAGUGUGCACACACACACACACACACACACACACACAGAUAAACAUACACAAAUGCAUAAAACCAGUUGUUCUAAGUGUGAAAAUACACUUGUUUUCACAGUUGUGUUUCCUGAAAAAGCUGGACAAUGAAUCACAACUCAUCAGUGACACUUGCGGACCCAUCGUGAUAAUGAUGGCAGGUUCUGGUCAGGACUGUUACCUUCAAUAUUGCGACAUCAGAGCUCUUACAUGGGCACGAAAGGUAAAGACAUAUCUGAGACAUGCAGCCCUGUUUCUGCGUACACUCAACAAGGUGUCCAGUAUCACAAACACACACACACACACACACACACACACACAC